AUGAUUGAAGAAACAAUUGUUUUAGAUACAUCUAUUAGAAAUUGGGUAGUGAUACCUAUUCUUUUUGUAUUGUUUAUAGUUAGUGCUUUAAAGAGUAAUAUAGCAGGUUUGAUGUCUCAAACUGAAAGAAAACAAAAUCUACAGAAUGUAAUGGAAGUACAAACAUUAAUGAGAGCAAGAAGAUUAGCAGCAAACUAUAAUAGAAUACCAUCAUUUUCAUUUAAUAUGAGAAAAGCUUAUUUUACAAACAAAGAAUCAGGAUUAUUUGCAUUGAAAGAGAAUAAUGCACCAAGCAAUCCAAUGGGUGCAUUGGGUAAUGCGUUCAAAGAUCAAUCCGGUAUGACAGAUAUGUUGAAGGGUAACAUUGUCAAUGUGGUUCCACAGAUCGGUUUGAUGACAUGGGUCAAUCAUUUCUUCUCUGGUUUCGUAGCGGUCAAGAUUCCAUUCUUUCCUCUAACUAUUCGUUUCAAGACUUUUCUGCAGCGUGGCAUUGAGUUGUCGUCACUCGAUGUCUCCUAUGUAAGUUCACUCAGUUGGUAUUUCCUUUGUUGGUUCGGUCUCGAAGGUAUCAACUCACUGCUACUACAAGAGAGACCGAUCCUCAACGAACAACUCUUACAAUCUACUGUCGAACAAGGUUUACCACCACAACAGACACCAGUACAUCAACUCUAUACAUCGGAGCGUGAGAACAUCGAACUCAUUCAACAUGAAUCACUUAUGGAUAACGUAGAGCAACGUUAUCUCUAUAAACUACAGAAUAAAUCGAUGCCAACAAAACCAACACCAACAACAUCAUCUUCAUCUUCAUCAUCAAUCGAUCAACAAUCGGUUUAUUAA